CCACGCAAGCAACUCUUCUCAACCCUAGCAAGGAACAUAUCUCAUGAUUUUCGCGUGACUUUGUAACUUGGGAUUUCGGUCUUUAUCAAAGUCCGCUCCCCGAUCGGCCCGUCUCCGAACCUCACUAACACUAGCGGCCGCAUCCUAAGAGCAUUUCGAUUGGUCCGCUAAACGUCCCAACAUCCUCGCUUCGGCCUUACGGCCUUAGAGCAACACCUCUUAAAGCUCACCUCCCCUCACGCUGCCUGACUACAAAAACAACAAAACCAUACACCACACUACUCUCACAGGAGCACCUCAAAUACCUCACUCUACCACCCACCACAUAAAUCCAAUUACCCCACUCCUACCACAAUGGCCGCCUCCAACACCGCUCUAGUCCCCUACCGCCCCAUCACUACUGUCACAACCCGCUCCACCCCCCUCGGCCUCACCCGCGUCUUCACCGCCCAGACCGGCACCGCCAUCGCCACCGAACUGCUCUACCGCCUCCUUUGGGACAUCCUGCAGCGCGUCCUAUCCUCACUCCAAGGCUUCGCCAGCAAGCGCCUCGACGCGCUCUCCGCGUACCUCGAUCAGCGGAACCAAGAGCGGGAGGCGUUGCGGUUGGAGAAGUUGGCGAAGAAAGAGGAGGCGUUGGGGAUUGUGGAGGCGGUGGAGAAGUUGGAGAGUGGGAAGAGGUGGAAGCACGCGAUGGGUGGCUGGGCGGGGGGUGCCCCGGGAGCGGUGUGUCCGAUGACGGGGGCGCCGGUUGGGGGGCCCGUGGGGCCGCCGUGGUGGGUUAAGAGUGCGGCACAAGGAUGGACGGAGGCGGAGUGGAAGGUGCAGGCGAUGGUGGAUUGAGACAGGUUGCGGGAUAAUGCAUAAGAGGAAUAUUGGAUUGGAACAGGAGGCAAAGGCGACUGAAUAUUAGGGAGGAUAUACGUCUCUCGAACGGUGGACUCUGCCCCUAGGCUUUGGCAGCUUGCGAACAAGAUCAUGGGUCCGCUGGGGCUACAAUGCUUCCAUGUCGGAUUCAUUGACAAGCGUCUGAUUUGCAGUCGAAGUCAAAAGCAUACCCGCCGUGGUGCUGUUUUGCGUUGUCAAAUGACGACAUUGGGAUAUGGCAAAUCCUAUCGAAGGACCCCUGGAACCUCUAGCUACACCCUGGACCCGGAGAGGAUCUGAAAGUCUGAUAUCAGGCCCGGCAGAUGAGCGA